AUGAGCGAGUGGUGGGCUACCAUCGGACAGCCCUUCGCGGAGGCGCUGCUGAGUCUGGAUUUCGUUAGGAUUAAGGCAGCAUUUGCAAACGCGCCCAGAUCAUACUACGAUUAUAUCCGCUCCAUCUACGAGCGCAGCCCUGAGCACGUGAUCAUCGAGACAUUUCUCAUCGUGUUUGUAAUUUACAUCACGUUCGUUAAGCGUGACAAACCCAAGGGCACUGCCUCCAAACUUUCGGAGCACCCUACGAAAACUAUGCCUUUAGGCAUCGUCGAGGCCACACCCGAUACGCACAUUAAGCUGCAGGGUUUUGCGAAGUCGGCCAUCAACUUGGCCACAUUCGACUUUUUAGGCAUCGGUUCACGUCCAGAGCUUAAAGAAGUCGCUAUUAAGACGCUUACAAAAUAUGGAUGCGGGUCCUGUGGCCCCCGCGGUUUCUAUGGCACUAUAGACACACAUGAAAUUCUCGAGAAGGACAUCGCGCAGAUGAUGGGGACCACCGACUCGAUAACCUUUUCGGACACGGAGGCUACCUCGUCAUCAGUUCUGCCGGCGUUUGCAAAGCGUGGCGACCUUAUAGUCAUGGACGAUGGCUGUAAUGAUUCGAUUCUUGUAGGUGCCAAUUUGGCGCGUUGUAGCGUAUUAUACUACAAGCACAACGACGUGGAAGAUUUAGAGUGUGUACUUAAAAAUGUACGCGAUGAGGACAAAACAAAGAAUCGAGGAUCGGACUGUCAACGCCGCUACGUUGUAACUGAGGCACUCUUUCGUAACCACGGUGACAUGGUGGAUCUGCCUAAGGUAGUAAAAUUGUGCGACAAGUACUUUUUUCGUCUCUUUCUAGACGAAAGCUUUUCAUUUGGUGUGCUUGGCAAAUCUGGACGUGGCCUAACGGAGCAUUACGGUAUGGACGUUUCUGAGGUAGCUAUUAUCUGUAGUUCUCUGGCGGGCUCUACCGCCAGCGUUGGUGGCUUUAGCACGGGCUCGCAAGAGGUUGUGGACUAUCAACGUAUUAAUACCGCUGGCUACGUGUUCUCGGCUUCGGCUCCGCCAUUCACGUCAGCCUGCUGUUCCGAGGCCAUUCGCAUAAUGAAAAAUGAGCCGGAGCUAUUUAUAAAACUCCGUGACAAUGCUAAACUGGCGCAUGACAUUUUAUCUGCUGGCGUGCAGGGAGUGUACAGCAUCUCGAAGGCGGUUGUUUCUCCCAUCCUACAUUUGCGCUUGCUGCCUGAAGUUGUGGCUUGCGUCGGUAGUGUGGAUGAUCAGCGCAAUUUGCAGCGUGAAGUGUGUGACACGGUUAUGCAGAAGUGCCUUGCCAAGGGUGUGGCCAUCUGCUCACCACGUUACAAGGCCCACCAGACGCUGGAACCGCGACCUAGUUUGCGUGUAUCCGUUACUGCCAUUCAUUCAAUUCAGGAUAUAAAGACAGCGUGCACAAUUAUUGUGACGGAGGCCAUGGCUACGGCCAAGGAACUUCGCGCCACGUAUCCAAAGGACGCAAUUCCUCAAAAUGGUCUACGGCUGCGCAAUUAG